GUCUAGGGCAGAAGAUUGCAUUCAAAUCUAAGAUGCUGCAAAAAAAGGAUAAACCAGAUGAAGGUCCUUCAGUUUCUAAGGCCCUACAAAUUAAGGGAUUAGGUUUGAGUAAGGCUGAAGCAGUAAAAGGAAAAUCUCAGAUUCUUCAGUUGGCAAAUAAAACAAAGUCAUUGACCAAGACAGACAAAGAGCGAGAGGCAAAAGUAUCUGCUGUCAGUGGCACCAAAUCUCUUUUUAUGAUGACCAUGAAAGGAAAGGGAAAAGAUAACAAGGAAACCCCAGAUGUAAAUGAGGAGUCAGCUAAAUCAAAAGAAACUGGAGAGGACAUACAAAUGAAACAAGCUACUGGCCAGACCGAGAACCUUAAGCCAGUUCAGAAAUUCGCAAAACUGACCUCUAAGUCAUCAAAACAGAAAGGCAUGACCACAUUGCGCCGUAUGUCUGGCUGGGUACAGAAGAAAAUGCCACGAGGUGGCAACAUACAUCGGAGGAUGAGAGCAAUCACACAAGCCAUUGGAGUAUCAAAAUGGCUUGUAGUGCACAUAUCCAAGAAAAAGAGUGGCUCCUCCAGCAAGAAGAGCUUUUUUCAACAAAGAAUGGCUAUGCGAGUAGCCAGUAGGAGGAAUAGACAGAAAAACUCCAUGCCCCAGGAAAAUACUGCUGGUCAGUCUAAGGAUCCUAUAUCAUCACCUUGUGAAACCCAGAGUGGUCAAGAUGAAAAGACCAAUGCUGGGGAUGCCAAAUAUGCAAUAGUAUUUCCAAGGAUGAAUAAAAGGGGCCAGUUGCAAGGAAAUACACCUACUUUUGCAAACAGAGGAACAGAAGUCCCAACUGAGCCAAGGCCCCCUAAACCAGGUGCGCGUCUGGUGCUUCCCGCAAAGCCAGAUCUCAGCAUUCUUAAAUCGAUUAAAAAGAAUGUUCCAGAAAGUAAGCCAAGCAGAAAUGAAAGCACAGAACAUGUGUCAACACCGACAAAGGACAAGGAGGAGAAAGUAACACUGAACAACAACGAGGGAGCCAGUGUCCUGCAGGCAGCGAGAGACAAAUUAGGCUCUUCACAGUUCAAACUGUCCAAACUGUCCUUGUCAAAGCCUAUACUAGCAGGCGGUCUGAAAACAGCACAUAUCAAGGAUGGAGAGGACGGAGAGAGGAGUAUGGCUGCCCCGUCUGCAGGCCAUGAGGGGCAUGGACAGGCAUUGGACUCCUCUAUAUACGAAGAAGAAGCUGACCGAGAGGUGGCUCAGCUCAUGGGGGACGGCCUUUUCUCCUCUUCCCCUGAUGUCCACUGGUCUCUCAAUGAUGGAGCGUUUGGUGACCCUCAGGACUGGUUGAGGACAGAGAGUCUGCUGCCUCACCAGACUGUUGAGAAGCUAACUAAGUGGACUGUGUAUCAGGAUGACGACAGGGCUCAAACCGUCCCUUCGGACAAUGGUAGAGGACCAUGGGAAUCAGAGGAUCCCACACAAAACAUGCUGGAGAGCAAACUAAACAGCACCCAGGUGCUAAUGCCAGGCAGUAGUCACGCUGUCGAGGUAGAUGAGGUGGAGGAUCUAUCACAAUUAGAUGAGAUAUGUGAGAGCUCUGUCCUGCUGAAUCUGAAGAAGAGGUUUCAUCGGGACGUUAUCUAUACCUAUAUAGGAAACAUGUUACUGUCAGUAAACCCAUUCAAGCCCCUUCAAAUGUACACGGAGGAGCUCAGACAACAGUACCAGUCUAAAGAGCAGCAGAGAAACCCUCCCCAUGUGUAUGCGAUUGCGGAUGCAGCCUUCAGACAGUCUCAACAAUCAUCCCAAGAGCAGUGCAUCGUUAUAAGUGGUCAGAGUGGAUCGGGGAAAACAGAAGCAGCCAAGCUAAUUGUACACUACCUUAAUGCCAUGUACCAAGGCAGAAAUGACAACCUCCGGCAGCCUAUGGAUGUAUUACCCAUUUUGGAGAGUUUUGGUAAUGCCAAGACUAUUCUGAACAACAACUCGAGUCGUUUUGGCAAGUACCUCCACAUCCAUAUUUGCCAUGGUGUUGUGGUUGGUACUUCGCUAUCAAAGUAUCUACUUGAAAAAUCACGUGUUGUCUUCCAGGCCAAUGAGGAGAGAAAUUACCAUGUCUUCUAUGAGAUGCUGGCAGGGAUGAAGGAAUGGAACAAACAAGAUCUUUAUCUUCAAGGGGCUGAGACCUACUAUUACCUCAACCAGGGUGGGGCUUGUGAGCUGAAAGGGAAGCAUGACAAGCAGGACUUCCAGCUCCUGGUCCAGUGCUUAGAGACCAUUGGUUUGCAUCCCGAUGAGUUGUCAACUGUAUGGUCCAUGUUAUCAUCCAUCCUGCAGUUAGGGAACAUCUGUUUCCGCUCUUAUGAGAGUGAGUCAUUUGAAGUGGCACAGAUCUUCAGUGAGUCUGAAGCCAGGCGAGUAGGCAAGCUGUUGCAAAUCUCAGCUGAGGCUCUGCAAACAGUCAUCACACAUCGGGUCACAGAAACUAUUUAUGACAGAAUAUACUGCCCCCUCUCUGUAGAAAGUGCCAUUGAAUCCAGGGAUGCCAUAGCUAAGGCUCUGUACUCUGUACUGUUUGACUGGCUUCUGGAGCGAAUUAACCAAUGGCUAAUUCCUACUGAAAUGGACAGCACAGUUGGAAUUGUCGACAUCUAUGGUUUUGAGGACCUAGCAGUGAACAGCUUUGAGCAGCUUUGCAUUAAUUUUGCCAAUGAGCAGCUACAGCACUUUGUCAACAAAGCAGUGGUGUCCCAGGAACAGGAGGAGUACAGCACUGAGCAAAUUGAGUGGUAUCCUGUGCCUCUGCAGGACUUUAAUUCCUGUCUGGAGCUGAUCUCAGCACGCCCUCAUGGUAUCCUCCGCAUCCUAGACGACCAGACCCUACUCCCUCAGGCAACUGAUCACACCUUCCUACAGAAGUGUCACUAUCACCAUUGUAGUAGUCCUUUCUACUCUAAACCCAAAAUUCCACUCCCCGUUUUCACUGUUUAUCACUAUGCAGGAGCAGUCACCUAUCAGGUCCAACAUUUUUUGAACAAGAACUAUGACCAAAUCCGUCCAGAGGUAUUAGAGCUUUUUGUUCGAAGUCGACAAAAGAUAGUGUCUGGGCUGUUCCGUGAGGUCCAGGAGCGCCAUCAACAACAGAAAGAGUUAGGAUCACGGGGUAAAGGUUUCCGGCACCAGGCCUCAACAGUGGCUUCACAUUUCCAACAGUCACUGAUGGAACUCACCACCCGACUUGAGAGAUGUAAGACUACCUUUAUCCGCUGUUUUAAACCAAAUUAUAUGAAGUUACCAGGAAUGUUUGACAUAAACUACAUGUCAACACAGCUGAGGCAUGCUGGGAUACUGGAGACCAUCCAUAUUAGGAAGGAGGGAUUCCCCAUACGCAUCCCCUUCACUUAUUUCAUGGAAAGGUAUGGCGUUCUUUUAGUCCAGCGGCCGCCUGAGCAGUCCGAUAAAGAACAGGUUGUGACUUUGUUAGAGACCAUUGGGGUUGAAGACGGAGAAUACCAGCUAGGACUUACUAAGGUUUUCAUGAAGGAGGCCCUGUACCAACGUGUGGAAGACCGUUGGAGUAGCACACAGACGUGGGCAGCGGUCACCAUCCAGAGGAACAUCAGGGGUUUCAUCUGCAGACGUAAUUUUCGCUUCUUCAAACAAAAGGCUAUCGUCAUCCAGUCCCAUAUCCGAGGCCAUCAGGCCAGGAAGUAUUACAAAAGACUGAAGCGCUCCUUCACUCAGUUCUGGGCCGUCAUGAUGAUCACCAGGAACACCAUUAAGAGACGCAAAUGGAGGGAACACCCAAAAAAGACCAGACCAAAGGCUACUGUCAAAGCGCAAUAUAGUGCUCUAGGCGCUAUGGAUGUUGGUAUGUUGGAGAUCCCUGCAGAGCUGUCUGCCAGGUUACGGAGUGCCGGAGGACGGCCACAGGGGUCUAAUGUGACAGAGGUGGCUCCCCCACAGAUCAAAGCUGAGCACAGUCUUUCUCUGCCUCUUGACAUUGACAGCUUCCCUUUCUCACAGUAUGCGAACACAGUCUUAAAGGAUGGCUGGUGUCAGGCUCAGGGCAACUCUCUACAGAGACCUCUUACAUAUUUGGACCCUGAAGACAACUAUGUGGCCUUGGACAUCUACAAGCUGAUACUUAGAUUUGUUGGUGACACAACCCUGAAUGGUUGGCAGGAGGUGAUGCUGGGGAAUUACAUAGUAGAGAAAGGCCAGAAUAGGCCUGCCCUACGGGACGAAAUCUUGGCUCAACUAGCUUACAUCACCUGGGGCCGGGAAAGUGAGGAGGGCGCCUCGAGGGCAUGGCUGCUCCUGGCCUGCUGUCUUAGUGCCUUCACUCCCUCUCCAUCACUGGACAAACCUCUUCUUAAGUUCAUUUCAGACCAAGGUCCCGAGGAGUAUCGCUCACUAUGUCAGCACAAACUACUUACAUCCCUUCAGCUACCAAGUCCAACUGCUCGACGUUACCCACCAACCCAGUUAGAGUGGACUUCCAACCAGCGCAAAGGGAAGAUGGUGGUGAAAGUGAAUACGUUCAAUGAUGAAGAUCUGAUGACUGAAGUGGAUUCAUGGACCACAGGAGAACAACUGGCUUCCUGGCUACUGCAGUUCAGGGGUGUGCCAGAAAGACCUCGAGGCUGGUCAGUGUCUUUGCUGUCAGAAGACAGUUGGACAGACCUCAUUGGUUGUGACUUUGUUAUGGACCUGUUAGCUGGAGUGGAGACUGAUGUUCGCCUUGACCAGCCCUCCUCUCAUCCUGAUUAUCUCUUUAGCAAUGAUGGUUUGAGCAUGACUGAUCUGGAUGACGAGAUCCCCCCUGCCCCUCCCAUGCAGGCCCCUGGUCUACCACCAGUGACCAGGGCUGACUGGGACAACUAUGCACAACCCAGUAGAACACAGGGAUCGAGAGGACGGCCAAUGGAUGCUUAUGUUGAUGACCUCUUUGAUCAUGUGCUGGACCAAGGGCCACCGGACAUGGAGCGAAUGGCUAUGCUGAACCGCAGGAUGAGGGGAGGAGGAGGCAUGUUCCCAGCAGCAGGAAUGCCCAUGAAUCCUAUGAUGGCAGGUUAUGCCAACCCAAUGAUGCCAAAUAUGAUGUCUGCUGCCUCCAUGCCCAUGACCAUGCCCUAUGCAGCCAUGCAACCCAUGAUGAUGCCAGGUGCUUUUCCUCAAACCACCACCGCUAGUUUUGGCACAGGCAUGCCUGCAGUAAAUUCCCAGCAAAUAACAGCCUCACAACAAUCUUUCAUAAAUGAGCAGGCACGGUUGCUGGCACAGCAGAUGACUGAGCAGGCCCUGAAUCUUUCACAGCAACAAGCUCAACAGCAGCAGCAGCAGCAACAGAGGCGCCAGCAGCAACAGGAGUGGCAGGCCCCAAGGGAGAGGCAGAGAAGCCCUGACCGCCCCAGGCAACCACAAGUCCAAACCCCAAAGCCCCCUCCUGCCAAGGUGGAGUCUCCACCAUCUCCUCCUCCUCCCCCACCGCCUCCCAAUCCCCCAGCAAAGCAUCACACUCCAGAGCCAGAAAUAGAUUUGUCAAACCCUGAAGAGGAACUUGAAUCCUUCCAGGAUAAAAAAGAGUUCUUCCAGAAAAUUGUCUCCCAGGAUGUCAAACCAAAGCAACCAAAAGCACCCAAGCCUGCAAGACCUGUUUAUGUCAACCCACCUCCACCCAAACCCAAACCUCCAUCUCCAGUUAAACAAGAAAAGCCUGCCCCAGAGCCCCCAAAGGAGCCUGAGCGGCCGAGUCCAAGACCUGUGUCUCCCAUGCCAGAGCCCAGCCGCAACAUCCGUGACAUCAUCAAGCAAUACCAAAACCGGCCUCCUCCUGAACCCAAGGGAUUCGAGCCUGUUAGAGUUCCUGCCAAAUCCUUCAUAAAAAAGAAUGACCCCAAAGAGGAAGCACUUGCUAUUCUCCGAGCCAAAGGUCCAGUUCCACAACAGAAGAAACAGUGGACACCUCCACCACCACAGCCUAAGGUGCAAAAGCUGCCACCACCUGCACCAACCCAGCCACCCCCUACUCAGCCGCCAGCACCUCGCUCCAUAUCUAACAGCAUGAGGCAGAAGCAGAGUUCACUAGCUGAUCUCUUUGCGUCUCAGCGCACCCAAGCACCACCCCCACCCAGUCCUGACUUCCCUCCAUUCCCCCCUCCCGCUCCUGCCAUCCCAGACCCACCGCCUACAGCUGCACCUACACUUAAUCAAUACCACAGACUGUCGGAUGAGGAUAAAAUUCGCUCUCAGCUCCACAGAUUUUCUGCCAGUGUAUACUUCUCUAACUCUAGUAUGCCAGGUAGACUCUUUUUGAGGAAGGAGGUUUUCUAUCCCAAAGAGAAGUUUAACCACACAUACGUCCUUAACUUGCUUUGUGAGCAGAUAAUGAGAGACACCUUCUCUGAUUCCUGUGUGAGAAUUACUCGUGAAGAACGCCGCAAGAUGAAAGAUUUAUUGGGCCGAUUCCAAGUAGGUAAUAGCAUCAGCACCAUACAGGAUGAUACUGUGAAGAAGAGAGUUAUCAUGGCUGCAAGAGAUAACUGGGAGAACUACUUCUCACGCCUCUUUCCUCUAAAGGAGGGGGUCGUGGGAGAUGCCCAGAUCCUAGGGGUAUCUCAUCGAGGAAUUAAGCUGCUGCGUGUUGCCAAGGCCACAGGGAUCAACACCAAACACCUAAAGAAUCUCUGCAGUUACAGUUAUGCAGAGGUGUUAUCCGUUGAACUCAAUGGACCUGAAACAGUAGAGUUUACCCUCGGCAAUGAAUCUCUGGAGUUGCAGUCCUUCCAUGCCCCCCAGAUCACUGCCAUGGUCCAGCUCUUCCUCAGAAAACUUGUCGAGGGAUCUGAAUAUGUUAUUGCACUAAAGAGUUAUGUGACUGAUGACAAAAGCCUUCUCAGUUUUCGUAAAGGAGACAUCAUCAAGCUGCUGAAUAUGGAUGUCCUUCAGGAUGGCUGGCUGUUUGGCUCUGUUGGUGGCCGCUCAGGUCUUUUUCCUGCUGAAGUCACACAACCCUCAGCCCCACCUGAUUACCAUAACAUCCAGCUGAACCGUCAGGAUGAGAGUAGACGGAGCACCAGGACCCAAUCCAUGACCCCCUCCAGGACCCAAUCCAUGACCCCCACCAGGACCCAAUCCAGGACCCCCUUAGCACAGCCGCAGGCACAAAGGACCCCUAUUCCCAGUGGACACACAGAAUACCCCAUGGAUGGUGGGUCGGAAACAAUGACAAGCCCAGAGCUCCAGCUGACCCUCAUGGCCCAAUUUGCCCAGAAGUACUUCAGAGAUGUUGCCACAAGAUCAGAUUGUACAGGUUUAUCUGCAAAUGGAAGAAGCUUUGUACAGAUGGUUGAGUUCACCACGGAACCAAUCCAGGAAUCGUUGAUCUUGUUUUCUGACAGCGAGCUCAAUCAACUGUCAGUUCCAUGCUUUACAUGUGUAAUGCAGUUCAUGGGUGACUUACCUUUGAAGAAGCAUCAGUCAGAAAGAGAUUGUGUCAAUCAUAUCCUUCAGUUAGGAAAGGAAAAGGAGUAUUUGAGGGAUGAAAUCUACUGUCAGAUCAUCAAACAAAUCACAAGGAAUCCAAACAAUGAGAGUUGUUCCCGGGGUUGGCGUUUGCUGACUCUGGUGACAGGUUUCUUCCCAUGCUCCAACACCCUGUUGUCCUACGCUGUCAAUUACAUUGAAGACUGCUCCCAGAACUCUAUGUACCCUUUCCAAGAUCUCUCUCAAAUCUGUGAGGACAACCUUCAACAGUCUCUGAAAUAUGGAGGCCGUAGACAUAUUCCAUCUCAUGCAGAAAUGGAUGCAAUGCUGGCUGGUAAGAGAACUCGGCACUUUUCCAUUGUGUUGCCUGGUGGUGUCGAGUUUCCCUGCAAAAUUCGUAGCUUCAGUGUGGCCCUGGAGGUUGGGACCGAUCUAUGUGCUGAGAUGGGUAUAAUGGAUCCAUUGGAAGUAAAGGAAUUUUCCAUCAAAGCCACCCGUGGACAAGUGGUGAGGCCCAUCCACCUAAAUGAGUACUUGUUUGAUUUCAUUUUGGAUGAUGGCUCCAUCACACUGUCUUUCCAUCGGCUGGUUUGGCAGUACCCCCUGCGCUUUGAAAAUCAGAUGUUCAUUGAGUUCCACUUCCAACAGGUCCUAGCUGACUAUCUGGAGGGAAAACUAAUACUCCCUGGGGAUAAAUCAUCAGUUAUAGAAGACAUUGUGGAGUUGGCUUUACUUCAGCACCUUGCAUUGGGCAAUACAGACCCACCCUUACAGUCGGAACUGAAAGAGUACCUUCCCAGGAUGGACGGAGUGACUGCUAAACAUGACCAGCUGCAGUCUGCAUGUCAGAACCAUCUAUCAAGCAUGGGUGCUUUGCAUCCAUUUGAGGCCAAAGCACGCUUCCUUCAGCACCUUAGUGCAUUGCCUCUUUUUGGUUCAAACAUCUUCCUGACUCAGAAAGUCAAUCACGAGAGAUGUCCCUCUCCCUGCAUAGUGGCAGUGAGUGCAGCAGAUAUUACUUUCUGCCACCCUAAAACACAGGAGAUAACAAUGAUGAUACCGCUAGCAACAGUGCAGUCACUUCGCUCAUAUCAACCUAAAAAGGGGAAAACACCAACAGUUGAAAUCAGCUAUGUUGAUAGCUCUCAUCCACAAACCAUACUUAUUCAUCUGAAACAGGCAAAAGAGCUGUGUCACAUCAUUGCUGUGAUCGUGGAGGAUCAAGUGGAACCCAUAAUUAAUAGCCCUCAGAUGUGAGCUGUGCCUCUGACAGCUUAGAGAUGUUUGUUAUAAAAUGUGUGAUCCAUAGUCUGGGGUAAAUGAUAUCCUACCUACAUUUUGUCAAGCAAUUUCACAUGAUGAUUGAAUGAAAUAUGUUAAAUUAAAUAAAUAAGUAUUGCGUACUGCAACUUACAUACCACUACUCUCCAUUUUCAGCUGACAUGUAUUCCUCUGAAAAUGUAUAAUUAUUUUGUGAACACAUCCUAUCUAAGCAAUUGCACCUAUAAUUUCAACUGAGAAGAGAUUAACAUGGUUUUUAAAAUUGUAUUAUUGUUCAUUAAAAUCUUAUCAUAAACAUUUGAA